AUGACACUUUACUAUUCUAUUGUUUUCGCGCUUCUCGUUGCAGAAAUGUUGGCAUUCCUGCUACUCGUGGCACCUGUGCCCACCAAGUUCCGUCACUCGGUUGUGCACGCUUUAAGUUCCAACGUGCUUGUUAGCAAGAUGGCGAUUGGCUUGAAAUUCACGUUUGUGUUCAUUCUUGUCCUAUUUAUUGACUCUGUCAAUCGUGUUUGGAGAGUCCAGGAAGAAAUUGAGCGCAGCCGACUCAAUGCAAUCGCUCAAAGCUUCCAAGGAGACCGGGGCGAUAUCCUGGCUCGGAAAUUCUAUGCCCAACGCAAUAUGUACUUGUGCGGCUUUACGUUAUUCUUGUCUUUGAUCCUCAAUCGCACCUACAGCUUAGUGGAGAAACUUUCCCUGAAGGAACAGGAGGUAAAGCCCUCUGGCUCUUCUUCCGACGAGGUGGCCAAGCUCAAGAAGCAAUUGGCUGAUAAGGAGCGCGACUAUGAUAUCUUAAAGAAGCAGAGUGAGGCCCUCACCAACGAAUACAAUCGGGUUAGCGACGAACUGAAUGGCAAAGGUACCACUGACAAGAAGAAUGCCUAA